AUGGCCUCCAACAACAUCGCAAUCAUCGGUGCAGGACUUUCAGGCCUAGCGCUAGCACUGUCCCUUCACAAACAGGGAAUCUUCUGCACCAUUUACGAAUCCCGUCCCGCCUCCCUAGACAUAGGCGGUGCAAUCAUGCUCUCACCCAACGCACUUCGCAUCCUCGACGCAAUAGGCAUCUACAAAAUCAUUAAACCCCUUGGCUACUCAUUCAAAUACCUCCACUUUUACACCGGAACACCACUGGAUACCUACGAAUUCGGAAACGCCGACAAAUACGACUACGACGCCCUCCGUAUCUACCGCUAUGAAAUAAUAGAUGCACUCGUCAAAGCCGUGCAAGAACGUGGCAUAACCAUCGAAUACGGGAAGAAGUUUACUCACGUAAUCUCCGAGACUGAGCGAGAUGUUACAUGGGCCUUCGAAGAUGGGACGACGGGCACCGCUACUUGUCUUGUCGGUGCUGAUGGGAUCCAUUCCCGUGUCCGAAAAUAUCUCUACCCAGAUCUCGAGCCAAUUUUCACUAAUGCCAUCGGUGUUACGGCUGCGAUACCUACAUCACAGCUCAAAAAGGGUGACUACGAACUCCCGUUGACGAUCAUGAAUCCAAAGCACGGAGCUUUCAUUAUGGCGCCGCAACUUCCCGAUGGUUCGGAGCUCCUCAUCGGCAAGCAGAAGCGCGUAGCGGAGAUGGGUCGUCAGGGCUGGAACGAGCUCCUCAGUGACAAACAGUGGUGUGUUAAUUUCCUCCGUGAAGGAGCCGAAGAUUUUCCCGAGAUCAUACAAUCUGCUGUUUCGGAUAUACCCGUUAACAAAAUCAAUCUUUGGCCGUUUUAUGUUGUGCCUAAGCUUGAUACGUGGGCUUCUGAUAAGUGCCGGGUUGUGAUUUUGGGGGAUGCCGCUCAUGCUAUUCCACCGACGGCUGGUCAAGGUAUCAAUCAGGCAUUUGAGGAUGUGUUUUCAUACUCGCUUGUGCUGGCUAAGUGUGGUGGUGGGGAUCUUAAGGGUGGGUUGAAGAGGUGGCAGGUUGGGAGGCAGGAGAGGGUUGAUCGGGUGUUGGAGCUUAAUGGGCAAAUUGACGCGAGGCGAAUGCCGAAGGAUGGGAAUGUGGAUUCUGAGUUGGAGAGUAAGCCGUUUGAUUUGAGAUGGCUUUAUAGUCCGGACUUUGAGGUUAUGGUGAAGGGUUGGCUGGAAGAUAUUUGA